UACACAGAUGUCUUUUUUCUUAUUUAAAAUACAAAUUAGGAAAGGAACGGUUGGUGAAAGCCGGGGUGCCUCAGAGCUGCCUGCGGGAGGGCUGCCCCCACCGCCACCACCCAUUACCAACAGCGGUGCUUCGGAGAAGAUAAAAAAGGGUUUAAAUGUACUUCAAAAUGCAAUAAAUUAAUGCCGAUGACUCCCUCCUCGGCUCUGUCUGACCGGACAAACGCCGAGCUCCGGAGCCACCCGUGCCGGGCGCUUUUCGGAUGGCGCUGCCCGUCCCGCGGCCGGGCCCUGUCAGGGAGCCGGGCAUGGCCCCACCGCCUCCCCCUCAGCCCCCGCUCAUGUCCUCGCCUUCUCCUCGGCCACAACCCCAAGAGAACCGGCGGCGACACCUCAGUGGCUCCGUGCUGGGGCUGAGGGGCUCCGGGUUCCCUCCCUCCCUUGCCUCCCCGCCCCUGCCCUGCAUUGGCUGCGGGCGGCUGACGGGCAGCCGGGGAGGCCGCUGGCAGCCGGCCUCAGAGGGGCAUGCCUGCACCGGGGGGUCCGUGCCGAGCCGAGCCGAGCCGUGCCGAGCCAAAAAGGGGCCGCCAGAGCCGCUCCUGAGAGCCGAGAUGGGGGUGGAGAUCGAGACCAUCUCUCCGGGAGACGGACGGACAUUUCCAAAGAAGGGUCAGACGUGUGUGGUGCAUUACACAGACAGGAGUCAUAGCCACAACCUGAACUUGCAGCUGUCACGUUCUUGGGAGACAAAAGCUGACGUGAAGAGGUGCAAGAGCUGUGGGCAAGAAAAGGAGCAAGCAAGAGAGACAUUACAAAGAACGAAGCCUGUGCUUACAGAUAAGAGGACUUGUGACAAGGAAGCAACAACAGUGAAAAAAUCCUGGGGAGUGGUGGCUGAUUCUUGACUGAAUGCAAGCUCUUUUGCCCAAAAGCUGGCUACAAGCCAUGAAUAUACAAACGGGAGCACUGGGGAAAAGGGGGAGGUUCAGAGGCCUCACACUCCUAUGACUGUUUCAAAAAUAGCGUGCUCAGCUUUGUAAUCCACAAUUCAGGAAAGAGACACGAGGAUGGUAGUGGUUGGGAAACCUGCCUGAACCAAAAAUGCUCGGUUUGUUCAGAAAAUGUUAAGGGAUGGCUUGGGGAGCAUGGGGAACAAGAAACAGGACAACUAAAUUGCUUCAUUAGUUCAUGAAGAUACAUUAGGGUAUCAUGUCUGGAAAGUGAAAUUUUACGAGUUCACUUUAAAAUAAGGCAUUCAUUUGAGCUGGAAAUACUGAUCUGUUAUUGAACGCCGGUCAAUAAUUGCAGUCAAUUCAUCGCCCUGAGACAUCUUUAAAUCAGCACUAGUUCAAACAGGAAUUAUUUAGUGAAAAUCCUGCAGCUUGCAUUAAAGUAGGAAGUCAGAUGAAGAGAUUGCAAUAAUCACUUGUAGCAUAUAAGUGCAUUCAUUGAUAGUUCUGUCGUGUAUUUUGGAAGCACUGUUUGCAUUCUCUGGUCAUGCUCUUCCUCAGGUAGGUCAGUCCUAGAGGCUUCAGACCAUUCCUAGGGUCAUAGAUUUUAGGGCUGGGCUGAUAAUUAGUCUGACUCACCCAGUAAUACCAGCAUUUGAGCUUAAAUUCAUUUGCUUCCCUAGGCUUAAUCAUGUCAAUUAUUUUUUCCUUUUUUUGUGUUUGUGUUUCACUUUUUGCUUCUUCAGAGUUUCAUUGUGCCUAUCUGUAUAGCUGUGGAUGAAAAUCAAAAAAAUGGAGUUGAUAAAAAAUAUUCUCUGUUUUCUCACUUUUUCCUUGGCUUUGUAAUGGUCAGAUAAAGGCUUUGCCCCAUGUGAAAUUUACUGGCAGCAGAGGACAGUCUGCACUUUGCAGGAGAUGCUCUGUAUCGUGAAAAAUGGGCUGGUGCAGAGCUCUAAAACCAUUUGUAAUUCAUGUGUAGUCUGCUUGCCAGCUUGCACUGGGCAUCCUUAGAUGCACUUCCCUAAAAAGUACUUGGAGCAUAUUAAAAAGUGAUUAACAAGAUGACUAAUCAAUUCUAGAAGGUAAUAUUACGUCUCCCUCAAAGUCAUUCUCCAUACAUAUCCAGGGGCUUAAUUAAGCUUUUACACCACUUUGGUUGAUAUGAUUAUUUUUUUAGUUAGUUCUUAAUGUGUAUGGGAAAAAAAAAAAUCUGCAUUAAAACAGAUGGAUAUUCAACUUCAAGGAUAUUUCUUCAGCGCGAGGAUUACUCAGCAGAAACCUUUGAUCUGCACUCUGAACCUGGCCAGGUAGUUCUCUCUGUAAAAAUAGGUGAGAGUCAGAAAUCCCCAGCAGAAGCCAGCGGCAUCCACGAGACGGGAGCUUUCUGUCCCAAUCUGUAACCUGCAGAAAUAUUUGCAGCUCGGGAAGAUUGACAAGCCAGCGUGUGCUGUUCGGGGUAACGAAAGCUGUU